AUGGUGGUGCUGGUGAUGAUGGUGGUGGUGGUGUGCCCCCCAUCAUGUUGCGUCCUCUGCAGGGGCAUGGGUCACACGAAGGGCAACUGCCCCAAAGAAAUUCUACCCUCAAUAGUACCGAGACACCGGUCGACAUCAUCAUCAGCACCUUCAUCAUCAUCAUUGCCACCAUCGUCGUCGCCAUCAUCUUUCCCAUUCUCGUCUUCGUCAUUACAAAAUAAUAAUCAUAAUCAUAAUGGUGACGAUGAUGAUGAUGUUGGUGAUGAGGAUUAUGGUGAUGAUGAGCAUGUUCAAGUGCUUGACGAGAUUUUGAUGAAGAUCAUGGAGAGGUGCCAACCAAGUGAGAUAGAGCUAAGAGAGAGGGAGAAAGUGAGAAAAGAACUGGAGAGUGUUAUCAGGGAGAUUUACCCAGGAUUUAGACUUCACGACCAUCAUAAAGUCGAUAGCGGCGAAACUUUCGUUGGUCGGUUGGCCCAGCACAACACCAGGUUGUUGUGGACCUAUUCUGAAAUCGAUGAAAGAGUGAAGCCACUCGUCUACGCCAUGAAGAGGAUGGCCAAGUCGUGUCAAAUAGAUGAUGCAUCAAAGGGCCGCCUCUCCAGUUACGCUUACACACUCAUGGUGAUUUUCUUCCUCCAGAGGGGAGUUCAUCCGCCCGUCCUGCCCGUUCUGCAAGAGUUCAAUAACGUGAAUAACGAAGAAACGAUCAUUGAGAAGUGGAAUGUGUGGUUCUUUGAUGAUCUCGAAGUCAUUAAGACGAGAUGGUCGGAUUAUCGUCGCAACAGAUUCUCAGUUGGAGAGUUGUGGCUUCGAAUGAUGAUUUUCUAUUCGGAGUCUUUCGAUUUCACCAGCCUGGUCAUUUCGAUCAGGCAGUUGGAGCCGGUCAGAAAGUUCGAGAAGUCCUGGUGCGGCUGUCUGAUCGCCAUCGAGGACCCCUUCAUUCUAGAUCACAACCUUGGGUCGGUGGCACUGUACAUUCUGAAGACCUUGAGGCAUGCCAGGAACCGAUUUGUCGUUCCGCAACAAGAUGCAAGAAUUGCCCCAGAGGAUUAUUUCUUCAACUCGAAAGCCAUCAACAAAUCUGGACCACCGAGUUCGCGCGGCUGCAGAAAGUGCGGCAAGAUCGGUCACUUCAUCGCUGAGUGUCCUCUGAGGAAAAAUAAUACUGCCAAGGUACUUGUUAGUAGCAAAUACAAAAAUAUGGCCGGCUUAUAUGAUCAACGACCGAAGCAGAAACAACACAACACUAGGAACAAUAACAACGAUCAUAAUUGUAUUAGUCAUGGUAAUAACAACAAUAAUAAUAAUAAUGAUGAUACAAAUAAUAAUAACGAUAAAAUAAAGAAGCAGAUGAACAGUGGUGACAUUAAUGAUGGUUCUAACGUCUUCAACGAUAAUAACAUUAACAACGACAUCAGCACUAACAAAAACAUCAACAACGACGACGACAGCAGUGACUGCAACAUCAACAAUAACAGCAACAACGGCAACAACAAUAAUGUCAAGGUGGCGAGAGGCAAUGAAGACAACAAUAACCACAUACAUGAACUUAUCAAAUUGAUGCACCAAAAUCAGCUUGCUCAACAACAGCAACAUUAUCAUCAACAACAACAUCAACAACAACAAUAUCAUCGACAACAUCAACAGCAUCAACAACAACCUCAGGUUUUAAACCUUCCAACAAAACUUCCAUUUUCCAGUGUGCCUUUGGUUGUUGAUGCCAACAUGCAACAACAGCAACAACAACAUUAUGUUAUUCCACAACAACAACAACAACAACAACCAAACACUUAUGCCUCAGGUGAAAUAAUGAAGCAAAGUGUUGACGUUGACAUACAGCAUCCAAAACAACAACAUUCAAAACAACUGCAACAACAACACCCACCACUGCCGCAACAACAAAAUCGUCCCCAACAACAACAACACCCGCAACAACAACCAAAUCAUCCCCAACAACAGCCGAUAUUUUUAUUAAAACAACAACAAUUAUUGCCACAACAAAUAUUACAACAACCAAUGUUGCCCAUGUUUAAUACCUUACAAAGGCCUCUCAUUUUCUACAAUGCUAAUUAUCAAGACAAUCUCUACAGCAAUAUAUCUCAACAUUCACAACAUCAACAGCAACAACUACCGCAACAUCAACCGCAACAGCAACCACAACAACAUCAGCCACAACAACAUCAGCCACAACAACAUCAGCCACAACAACAUCAACUGCAUCAACUACAAUCACAGCAACAUCAACUACAUCAACAAUCACAGCAUCCACAACAAUCACAACAACGGCAGCAGAAUGUUCCAUUUUUACAGAAAUCGAACAGCAACUUCUUGUAUCAACAGCAGCAACAACAUCCUCAACAACAGCAGCAACAUCCUCAACAGCAGCAACAACAUCCUCAACAGCAGCAACAACAUCCUCAACAGCAGCAGCAAAAAACAAUAUCAGCAAAGGCAGCAUCAAAAAAAUUAAGUUCCAUAAGCUCAAGCUAUUUUUAUAUCUCUUGCGGUCUCAACAUACGAAUCAUGGAUGUUUCCAUAUACUCUGAGUAUAACGAGACAAUCAUGUGGCGUCGGGUUCGAAUGCAGAGAUGUGCACACCUGCCUUGCUGA